AUGACAGGGCGCGGGUGUACAACAUGCGAAGUUAAAUUGAAUAAAAACUUCAUCAAAUGUAGCAGAUGUUCAGAAGCCUUCCACAGAAGUCUGAAGUGCACUGGAAUCAAGAAGACGGCAAGUUUUUUUUUGUAUAUUGAAUGUCGUAUCUUGCGUAUAUAUAGAGAAACAAGCGGAUGUUUGAGAAUUCUUUGAGAAAUUUUACACUUUUAUUAUGAUAGGCAUAGACCGUUGAUAGCUCGCUCGUUGGCUUUCUUUGUUACCUAAUUUUUUAGUUGAAACAGGGAUUUUUCUGACCAGAAUAUAGUGUUAUAUAGUGCGUUUUACGAACUAACAUUGUUGCCUAAAUAGUUUGAGGUUGGUUUUUGUUGAAUUGAAAUAAUUCUUGUUUUUCCUGUAUUUUGUUACCUAAAAUUGUUUUUUCCUUUAAAAUUUUGGUGUUACAGGGCUAUGCAUGGCGUUUCUUCUAGUUUUUAAUCGUUGUUACCUAAAACUGUUUUUGAAAUUGUUUUUUAGGAUUUGGAUAAAAUUGAGAAAUGGCACUGCUACAUUUGCGAGCCGUGUUUCUACUGCAAGAAGGACGACAAUGAAGUGUCUUACAUUUGUGAUGGAUGUAACCGCAACUUCCACAUUUCUUGUCUGGAUCCUCCGGUGCCUCCAGGACCUACUAAUUUUUAUGAAAAGUGGUUUUGUUCAUAGUAAGUUGUUUACUGGUUUUUACUGUAAUCUUGUGUGACGUAAUGAGUUUAUUUGUAUGUAACAUGACAUUGUUUAUUGUAGAUGUUAUGCUUGUAUAAUCGAAAAAAGCAUAUUGUUCAUAGUUGUAGAAGCCAUUACCUAUUUAAUUAGAUGGUCUAUGAGUUUGUGGCAUUAUAUUAACACUGAAUUUCUAAUAUUUCAGUUGUUCUCCCAAUUUAUGUCGACAAUGUCAGAUGCCCGUUCAUUCCAAAGCUGAAGACGUUUGUAUUCAAUGUCAGUCGGGUUGUGUCUGUGCAGAGUGUUUGCAACCUUAUGCUCGUCAAGAGUUACCAAUGCAAUGUAUCACUUGUAACUUGUUUUACCACGCAACUUGUGAAGAGUCGCAGAAUGGACGUUGUGGCAAAUGUACAGAUGGGAAGUUUGGGGAUCGUCUUCGUAAGUUUUACACAUUCAAGUCUUUAUUUUACGAAAAAGUGUUGCUCUGAUGACAGUUUUAUUUGUUUCAAAAAUAUUCUAAUAUUACCCCACCUUUUGUAGCUUUGAAUGGAUUUGUUUCUUUGGAUGGUGUGGAAGUUAGGAAGUCGAAAAAGUUGUUGAUCGAGGAGAAACAAGAAAUUCCAUUCAAGUACGAACAAAAGAAAGAAAAGUUUCCGGUUGGCAGACGACGGUCAAGUAAAACUGCUCGGUAUGUUACAGUAUCAGUUUUGAGAGAUUUAUGUAAUAGUUGUUUAAUUGUUUUUUUAUAAGUCUAUGCCAUUUUAGCAAAGCAUUCUUUGAAUCCAGUGACUUGUCGCCAGAAAUUUUGGAGAAAAUUGAAGAAGGAGAACAGUUCUUCGGUGCCAGUUUGUUCUACAGCCUACCAGAAGAUAACUCAGAGGACGAGAACUUGAAGUGGUUUGAAAAGCAUGAAAAGAAGGUUGCUGACAUUGCCAAAGACCGUAAUAGUGGAGAGAAGAAGUUUUUGUCGAAGAAGGUGGUGAGGGAGUUGACUACCCAGAUAAACAAGAACACCAUCGAGGACUUGAACCUUACCUACGAUCAGGUCACUUCUCCACACGCUUUAAAGGCCGGCUUUGGAUGUGAAAAUGUGGAAAGCCCUCGAUUAUGGAUACCAGACGAGAGGAGUGAAGCAAAUGUAAGGAAUUUAUAGCCUAGUGUAAUAUAUUUAGUGUAUAAUUUCGUAGAAUAUUGUAAAAUAAAGUCUAAUAGCUAACAGUGGGGGUUUUACAGUUUUCUUAAAAUUUAGAGCCCGACGAUGACUUCAGUCCAAAUGCCAGGCAGUUUGGCACGACGUUAUGAUUUGAGGAAGCGAGCUCAUCAAUUGUUCGGCAAGGAGAACAGACCUUUAACACCGCACAUUAACAGCCCACUGCAUCCUCCCACCUUGUUUUAUCAGCCGAGCCCUGGACCGUUCCGUCGAAGGUUAAUUGAGAAGAACGGCUGUGUCACGCAACGAACUACUCCCGCUAAAAUAUUUGUUUUCGAUGAUGGUAUUAUGGGUUUUUGA